AUGGUCAUGUUACCCACGCCAGACACAUCUCAUGUCUCCUUCGACACAAUCUACGAACCAUCAGAAGACUCAUAUCUUUUCCUGGACACCCUGUCUUCCGAGUCCGAAUCUAAAUGGCUAUCAGAAAGAUUCCAAAAAUCUAAUUCCGCUGUGAACACCACACCCCUGGUCGUUGAAGUAGGCACAGGAUCUGGCGUUGUGCUAGCAUUUGUAGCAGCACAUUCACAAAAGAUCCUCGGACGCCGCGACAUUCUCACUCUGGGAACAGACGUAAAUCGCAAUGCCUGCAUCGCGACGCGGGAGACUGUAGCAAUAGCUAUAAAAGAGCAGCAAACUCCCAGCACAGACUUACAGAGUAACUCUGAUCUACAAUCUACUCAUAUUGCCUCGUUGACGGCUGAUUUGUGUACUUCACUUCGUCCUGGAAGUGUUGAUGUCCUCCUUUUCAACCCACCGUACGUGCCAACAGCGGAAUUGCCACGCCUACCGACUGCUGCAGAGAAUGACCCUACGGUGAUAGAAGUUAUGAAUAACUCUGCAAAAUUUGAGAAUGAGUCAUUCUUUUUGUCAUUGACAUAUGCUGGCGGAGCAGAUGGCAUGGAGGCGACAAAUCGACUACUGGAUGCCAUUCCGGGUGUCUUGGCCGAUCGUGGAGUGGCCUAUGUAUUGCUUUGUAAGCAGAACCGACCUGAAGAUGUUAAAAAGCGUAUUAGGGCUUGGAGUGGCUGGAAUGCUGAGACGGCUGGGUCGAGUGGUAUGCAGGCCGGCUGGGAGAAGUUGGUUAUCGUGCGGAUAUGGAGAGAGGGCUCUUAG